UCUAUUUCGGAGAAACGAGACACUCUUACAAAAAUGAGGGUGUCUUUAUUUUUCAUGCUUUUAUUUAGUAUACAUUUCAGGGGUUUUAUUCCAUAGUGUUUGUUUACAAAUCAAAUAAAAUUAAUGAAGUCACAGUGGAUAGUUGUGGAGUUUUUAUCGAAUAAAUUACGAAAAUUAAAGGAAAUGUCCGAUACUCGUGAAGGCACCAUCAAAUCUGACGCACCUGCGUGCUUUGUUUGAACUAAGUACAGCAGAUUUGAAAUUUACCGCUGAAAAGUGAAACGUUAGUCCGUCGUAUUUACCACGCUUUGAGACCAGAAAUCAGUAACAAAAUUGGAUUCCGUUUUUGAAAAAAAUACGAGUUUGUUUUGCGCUUCGGAGGGAAAAAUCCCCGCUUUUGAUGGUCCGUCAACGCGUUGUGUUAGCUUGAAAAAGUUUAGCAUAACAACUUCGGGUUUGAUACCGAAAAAAACUUUCACUCUUUUUUUAUGUUUUGUUUUUCCCCUUUAAAGAAAAGGGCAGACAAUGAAGAACCUGAGACACAAUCAUGCCAGCCAGUUGCUCCACAAUAAAUUUGUUGUGGUUUUGGGAGACUCCAUUCAGCGAGGAGUCUACAAAGACCUCGUGUUAAUGCUACAGACCGACAGAUAUCUCACCCAACGACAGCUGAAGAGCAAGGGGGAGAUGAGCUUCGAGCAGGACUGCCUGGUGGAGGGCGGCUGUCUGAGUCAGAUGAGCAACGGGACGGAGUACCGGGAGGUCCGGCAGUUCCAGUCCGGCCAGCACCUGGUCCGUUUCUACUUCCUCACCAGGGUCUUCUCUCGGUACAUGGAGAGCAUCAUAAAGGACUUUGACCGGGGCCCGAAACCAGACGUGGUCAUCGUCAACUCCUGCGUGUGGGACAUUUCAAGAUACAACUCCAGCUGGUUGGACGACUACCAGGAAAACCUGCACAGGUUCUUCAGGGAGCUGAGGCGUGUUCUGCCUGAGGAAACGCUGGUCAUCUGGAACAUCACCAUGCCUCUGGGGAAGAGCAUCCGAGGCGGCUUCCUGGUUCCUGAGAUUGAGCACAAAGCCCCAAAUCUCCGUUACGAUGUGAUUCAGGCGAACUUCUACAGCGGGACUCUGGCCGACGCCCAUCAAAGGGACGUUUUGGACCUCCACUUCCGCUUCCGCUUCUCCCUGCACCAUCGCACCAACGACGGCGUCCACUGGAACGCCGCCGCCCAUCGCACCAUCACCUGUCUGCUGCUGGAUCACAUCGCACAGGCCUGGGGGGUGGAGCUGCGUGAUCCGCUGAGGGCCGUGGACAUACCAGACAUUGGUGAUCACCGGCCUCCAAAAGCUGCAGCACCGCUGAACUAUAACGGCUACACGGAGGAGUUCUCCAGCGAUUCCCUUCCCAGCAAUUUCCUGAACUUUGAAGACAGAAACCCAAAAGUCUGGGAAGUGAUAGAUGUCCGAGCUGCUGCCAAACCGAAGCUUUCCCUUCCGGUCUACAGGCAGACGCCAUACGGACAGGCCAGAAAUGGUUUUGACUCCAGGCCUCCGUACCACUUUGAGCCCUACAGACAUCAGAACCAUCCUCAUGUGAUGAGAAGCCGAAACGAACGCCUCCACUACGCCCCCUACACCCACCACAGACCCGCCCACUGGGGUCACUACGGCCACUACUGAAGUACCUUUUAGCCUGUCCUGUAGGAAAAGUGUUUCUGAUCAAUGGACUCCCUCCACUGAUCGUUUUAGUUCUCCCACAUUUCAUUUCAGAAGUCCUUUGUGUAUUUUGAUGACUAAUAAAAACUGUUUUGCAGACAC